AUGUUGGCCAGAACAACUCCUUUGGCUCGCAGCACCGCUCUCUGCUCCAAGUCCAUAAUAUCGCGCCCUGCAGCAUCGAGCUUCAUCGGCCGACCCCGCAUUCAACAGCUCUCCGCCGCGACAUCUAGGCCCCUUGGCAGAACGCCACGAGCUCUGCCGUCGCACCACGUCGCAACCCCGUUCGGGACGAUACCAGCAAGGCACCACUCCUCCACCUCCACCACUGCUACCACCGACGUAGCCAUGUCCCAAGACUUCGAAACAGUGCUCAAGGGCAAGUACCCGGCCAAGCAGCAUGCUCUCCGUGUCGCCGACUACGUCAAAUCCAAGGUCCCCGGUGCUACCGGCGUUCUCUAUGUCGAGGGUCGCAUGACCAAGCUGAUCGAGGACAACGACGAGCCCGAGCCUUUCAGACAGCGCCGCUACUUCUACUACCUGACUGGAUGCCCUCUCGCCGACUGCCACUACAUCUUCGACCUUGCGACGAACAAGUCGACCCUCUUCAUCCCCCCUAUCGACCCGGAUAGUGUCAUCUGGUCUGGCCUGCCCGUCAGCGCCGCCGAGGCAAAGGAGCUGUACGACGUCGACGAUGUCAAGUACACCACCGACGUCAAUGCCGAGCUUGUGCACCUGGGGAAGGGUUCUAAGAAGACCGUCUUCGCCAUUCAAGACCAGGUCCUCGACAGCAUCACGUUUCUCGAGUUCGAGGACAAGAACUUCAGCAUCCUGAAGGACGCCAUCGAACGGUGCCGCGUGGUCAAGGACGACUACGAAGUUGCCCUUACCAGGAAGGCGAACGCUGUCUCGACAAUUGGUCACCACGCCGUUGUUGAGCACGUCAAGAAGGCCAAGAACGAGAGGGAGCUCGAGGCCCUCUUCCUGCAUCACAGCGUCGCGAACGGUGCCAAGAACCAGGCCUACCACGGAAUCUUUGCUGGGGGUCGCGCUGCUGCCACUCUGCACUACGUAGCCAACGACGCUCCCCUCGAGGGCAAGCUCAACCUUCUCUUGGAUGCCGGCACGGAAUGGAACUGCUAUGCUUCUGACAUUACUCGGUCAUUCCCCAUUUCCGGCAAGUUCAGCAAGGAGUCUCGCCAGAUCUACGACAUUGUGUUGAAGAUGCAGCUCGAGACCACCGCCGCCUUGAAGGAGGGCGUCAUCUGGGAUGAAAUUCACUUGCUGGCCCACAAGAUCGCCAUCGACGGCCUCCACUCGAUUGGCAUCCUAAAGGGCGACAAGGACGAGAUCCUCAAGAACAGGACGAGCGUCGCCUUCUUCCCCCACGGCCUGGGCCACUAUCUCGGCAUGGACACCCACGACGUAGGCGGCAAUGCCAACUACGCCGACACCGACCCCAUGUUCCGCUACCUGCGCGUCAGGGGUGCGCUGCCUGCUGGCAGCAUCGUCACCGUCGAGCCGGGUAUCUACUUCUGCAGCUUCAUCAUUGAGCCGUACCUCAAGGACCCCGCGCACUCCAAGUUCAUUGAUUCCGCUGUCCUUGAGAAGUACUGGGACGUCGGUGGUGUGAGGAUCGAGGACAACAUCUUGAUCACGAAGGACGGCAGCGAAAACCUGACACCCACCAUCAAGGACCCCGAUGAGUUGGAGAAGAUUAUCCAGGCAAGCUAA